AUGUCGAAACCACUCGGUAAUAAACCGGGAGAGCCACCAUUUCAAUUGAAGGUUGAUCCUGACACGAAGUUAGUCUUCAAGUACAAGGUGAAUGAGCCAUGCACUAUCGAAUUGAAAAUCACGAAUACCACAAAAGAUCGACAAACGUUUAAGGUCAAAUGCACGGAUAAUGAUAUCUUCCGAGUUCGACCGCCGCUCUCGUUCGUAAAACCUGAUGAAACAGCAGUGGUAAAGGUAUGGACUCCGGAUUCGAAACCUGAAGGUGUUGCACGCAUUAUUGCCGUCUUUGAGCCAGCUGAUGGAGAAAAGAAG